AUGAAACACUGGAAGUUUCACGACUGCCCGAGCACCAUCGGCGCGAGCUCGGACGCCGAGGCCGUGGCGGCGUACGAUGCGCACGACUUUCGUGCCGACGUCGUGGGCGGCGGUGACGACGUCGAGGCGCAGUGCGGUGAUACGGCGACGUAUUCGAGAGACGGGACGUUAUUCGCGUGCGCGAACGGCGAUACGGUGGAAGUGUACGACGCGAGCGUCGAACCUUUCGCGCUCGCCGCGACGCUCGACGGCUUGCCGGGAGCGAGCGCGUUGAACUUUUCGCCGUCGAAGACGUAUUUGGCGAUUUAUCAGAAGCAAACCUCCACGGGAGCGUCAAAGGAUACGAAAAACAUGACGAUAUGGAACAUAACAGGUUUGACGACGAACCGCGCGCCGCCGCGCAAAGUGUACGAAGUGUUCCAAAGGCAGUUUCUCAAAGCCGAGUGGCCGUACUUUCAGUUUAGCGACGACGACUCAACCGCGGUUCGGUGCGUGAGUAAUGAGAUUCAAAUCAUUCGUCCGGCUGAGGGAUUCGACAGACAUGCUCGACUUCGAGUGCCUUCUGUGGCGGUGGCGAAAAUAUCGCACGGAUCGACGCCAAGAGUGGCGUGCUUCGUACCCGAAGUCAAGGGCGCGCCUGGAUCGGUUCGCAUCUACGAGCUCGCUCAGCACACAGAAGAGGGGGUGGUGGAGAACCCGACGCCGGUCGCACGUAAGUCUUUCUUCCGCGUCACUGAAGUAGAUUUGAUGUGGGCCCCAGAUGGCUCCGCGGUGUUGAUUCUAGGCUCGAGCGAAGUCGACGCGACAAACAAGUCUUACUACGGCGAGAGCUGCUUGCAUUACCUCAAGGCGGAUGGCUCUUUUGAGGGUGCGGUGCCGCUGAACAAGGAAGGACCCGUCCACGACGCGCAGUGGUCGCCUUGCAGCGACGAAUUCGGUGUGGUUUACGGAUACAUGCCCGCGAAAGCGACGAUUUAUAAGGCGGCACAGUGUGAGCCCAAGUAUGAACUCGGCGCGGGUCCGCACAACACGCUUCGAUGGAACCCGUUUGGACGUUUCGUCGCUCUCGCCGGUUUCGGAAACUUGCCCGGUGACGUCAAGUUUUUUCAAAAGAUGAAGGAUGGUAAGUACAAACCCAUCGGAUCGACGCGGGCAUCGUGUUCUGUGACGUUAGAAUGGUCUCCGGAUGGUCGAAGACUGCUCACGAGCACGAUAGCUCCUCGCCUGAACGUCGACAACGGAUGGAAAAUUUGGAGGUACAACGGAGAUUUGUUGCUCCACGAAGAGCGUGCGAAGAUUUAUGAGGCGACGUGGCGUCCAGUUCCCGACGGCACGUACGAAGAUCGCCCGAUUUCUCCCGCAUCCAAGCGUGUGGAGAGCCAAGGCGGCGCGGUUUUGACGAAUGCGUCGGAGGCCACAAAAGGGGCGUACCGUCCGCCGCACGCAGCGAAAACCGCGUACCGUCCGCCGCACGCCACGAGUGGAAGUGGUAACUUUAGUCUCGCCAAGGCCUCGGAAGAAGACAUGAAGGCUGGAAAGUUUAAGGCGGCUGGCGCCAAGGAACCCGCCAAGGCGGACGCCGGCGUCCCGGGGGCGGGCGCGCAACUUUCAGCCGCGGCGGCUAAAAACGCAAAGAAACGAGCGGCGAAGAAACGCGCCGCGAGCGCAGCCGCGGCGUUAGAGAAACUUUAA